GACUUGAGGAGGAGAGAAUAAAGGGAGGAGGCAACAGGGAAGUGAAAGCAGGAAUAAUCCUGCACAUGAAACUAUUGUGUGUGAGAUGUGGUUCUGAGGCUUCAUCAUUUAUGACUGCGAUUGCUUCCCCUGAGAGACAGCGAGAAGAGUGUGUGAGAAUCAACACGAUGCAGUGGUGGGCUUUACUCGUUGUUGUUUAUCUGUCCGUGAACCGGGCAGCAGCUCAGCACCACAGGAAAGCUCUGUAUCCAUCGGCGUUUAGGAUAAAGCGUGGGACAUACUCGCUGAUCAACCCCACGUUCCAGCACUCAGCGGAGGACGUCAAUCUGCUUUUUGAGAUUCUCCUGGCUGGAAUGCAGAUCCAAGGUGAGGAGCACACCCUCCUGAUCCCAGAUGAGGAACUGGCCUCCCUGAGAAGUGUGGAGAAGCUGGAGGUCAUUUGCGAGGACGUCCUGCCCAAGAAGCUCUCCGACAUCCGCCGUCUGACAGCCGAACUCGUCCAGCGGCGGCAGCCUCUGAGCUGGCAGGACUUUGAGAGGACAGUGCUGACUCUAGUGUACACCACUCAGACGCUGGCUCGAAUCACCAACCAGCACCAGAGAGAGGCGUGGACGGACAGCCUGAUCCAGCUGUUCCGAGCUCUUCGAAAAGACCUCAGACCCUCUUGAGGAAGAUUGAGAAGUUGUAUUUUUUGAAAGAAGUUUUCUGUGUCUGUAGUGUGUGACACUACAAGUCUUGAGUUUAGUCUUUUCCCAAUUCCAUGCAAUGUAAUAAAUGAAUGUUUUUAAAAAAAAAAAAAAAAAAAGCUCAUUAAAAAAACUCAAGGUCUAUGCUCCUUUUUUCCAGAGCUCUCAACCGCAGACUCCUUAAAAAAGACAGUGAGUGUCAAGUUCAUUUUUACCAGCUACUCUCUCCAAGUUCAGGAGUGAACUUUUAUCCUCAAGAGAUCAGUGUAGUUCACUCUCCUGCACAAUGCUGCAGUACAUGAGCUGUCAGCGUGGAAGACUUUAGAAGGUUCAGGCCUUUUCUUUCAGUGCACUGCGGGAGAAUAGUACCCACCAGAAGCUAAUUAAAAAAUCAAUCUGGGGUUCGGUUCCCACACUUGUAGUGUGGAGCACUGAGGUGUGACUUUACACACCCCCAGAAAGUGGACAAGUGUGUGUGUCGUGUCCCAUGUCUGAAAAAUGGAAGCAGGCUGUGUCUUCUAGUCUUUGUAUCAUCAUAUGUUUUGUACAGAAAAAAAGAAAUAGCUCCACGAUUUACA